GGGGCUGCAUUAGUCACCAGUCUGCCGCCGCCGGUGCGCUGCGCUCCGCCUGCGCGCCUCUCCUUGCCGGCUCUGGCCCGCGCCCGCCCGGCUCCCUAUGGGCAGAGUCGCUGAGGCACUGGUGGAGCCCCAGAGCGCGCCGGAAUUCGGGAGCCAGAUCUUGUGGAGUUCUCUGUCGCCCGCCCACCCGGCAAAAGCGUCGUCUGGGCAGUGGCAACAUGGCCUUCUCCCAGGUACAGUGUCUGGACGACAGCCACGUCAACUGGCGCUCCAGUGAGUCCAAGCCCGAGUUCUUCUACAGCGAGGAGCAGCGGCUGGCUCUGGAGGCCCUGGUGGCCCGUGGCAGGGAGGCUUUCUAUGAGGUGCUGAAGCGGGAGAACAUUCGGGACUUCCUCUCGGAGCUGGAGCUCAAGCGCAUCCUGGAGACCAUUGAGGUGUAUGACCCAGGCUCUGAGGACCCAAGGGUUGCCAGCAGGCCCCGGGGACCUGAGGACGAUGGCAUUGGUGACAGUGAGGAGGCCAGCAGGGCAGGUGGGGACCCCACUGAGGCCGAGCCACUGCCAUCCCUGGAGUACUGGCCCCAGAAGUCUGACCGAUCCAUCCCGCAGCUUGACCUGGGUUGGCCCGACACCAUUGCCUACCGUGGUGUGACCCGGGCCAGCGUCUACAUGCAGCCCCCCAUUGAUGGGCAGGCCCACAUCAAAGAGGUGGUGCGGAAGAUGAUCAGUCAGGCCCAGAAGGUGAUAGCUGUGGUCAUGGACAUGUUCACCGACGUGGACAUCUUCAAGGACCUGCUGGACGCCGGCUUCAAGAGGAAGGUGGCCGUGUAUAUCAUUGUGGACGAGAGUAACGUCAAGUACUUCCUGCACAUGUGUGAGCGGGCCCGCAUGCACCCAGGGCACCUCAAGAAUCUCAGGGUGCGGAGCAGCGGGGGAACAGAGUUCUUCACACGGUCAGCCACCAAGUUCAAGGGUGCCCUGGCCCAGAAGUUCAUGUUCGUGGAUGGAGACCGGGCCAUCUGUGGCUCCUACAGCUUCACGUGGUCGGCCGCAAGGACGGACCGGAACGUGAUCUCCGUGCUGUCGGGACAGGUGGUGGAGAUGUUUGACCGGCAGUUCCAGGAGCUGUACCUCAUGUCCCACGGUGUCAGCCUCAAGGGCAUCACCAUGGAGAAGGAGCCCGAGCCUGAGCCCAUCGUGCUGCCUUCCGUGGUGCCACUGGUGCCCUCGGGCACUGUAGCCAAGAAGCUCGUCAACCCCAAGUACGCACUGGUCAAGGCCAAGAGCGCCGAUGAGAUCGCCAAGACCUCAGAGAAGCAGGAGGUCAAGAAGCCCCCAGGGCUGCGGGGUGCCACCCUGGCAGAACGGCCUGGAGACGUCCUAGAGGCGCCCCCACCCAUCCACCCCGGCCUGCUCAACCUGGAGCGGGCCAACAUGUUCGAGUACCUGCCCACGUGGGUGGAGCCGGACCCCGAGCCCGGCAGCGACAUCCUGGGCUACAUCAACAUCAUCGACCCCAACAUCUGGAACCCCCAGCCCAGCCAGAUGAACCGCAUCAAGAUCCGAGACACCUCCCAAGCCGGCACCCAGCUGUGGAGGCAAAGCCAGGAUUGCAACCCCGCCCCCGGGCCCAGUGCCCCCCAGGAUGGGGGCCCAGCAGAGAAUGGUCUUCCCCAGGAGGACCCCAAGCCACAGCCCCCCGUGCCCAAGCCCCGGACGGUCCCUGUGGCAGAGGUGAUUGCCCAGGACAGCGGUGGUGUUGUCUGGGCCCUGGGGACCCCAGAAGAGGAGACUCCCCAGAAUGGGACAGACGGCACACCACCCAGGACCCCGGGUCCUGGCCACGCCCCACUGCUGCGGCAGCUGUCUGUGACCCAGGACGACCCUGACAGCCAGGGAGCAGUGAUCCCCAAUGGACUAGAUGGGGAGGACGAGGAAGAUGACGACGACUACGUGACCCUAAGUGACCAGGACAGCCUCUCGGGCAGCUCUGGCCACGGCCCUGGCCCCCGGCGGCCCUCCGUGGCCUCCUCUUCUGUGUCAGAUGAGUAUUUUGAGGUGAGGGGGCGCUCGGCCCCUCUCCAGAGGCGCCACUCAGAGCAGGUAGCCAAUGGGCCGGCCCAGCCCCCCCGCCGGCAGCUGAGUGCCCCCCAUGUGACCCACGGGACCUUUGGUGGACCCCUGGGUGGCUCGCUGUGGGCCCCAGGUCAGGAGAGAGAAGAGGCGGGUACUCCAAGGAGGACACAGGCCCCGCAUUCCACGGAGAAGGAGACACAGGGCCAACCCAUCCCCCACUAUAGGGUCCCUGCCUCAGGGACCAGAGAGAAAGAUGGCUUCCUGCGGCCGAUGAGGACCUCGGGAUCCCUGCGGUACCGCCCUGCUGCUGAUGGCGCCCAGAGCUCUACCAGGAAAGCGGGCCCGGCCACAACAAGCCCGUACUCCUGGCAGAUCAAGGGGGGCCCCAUGCCCCGCACCCUGGCCGAUCCCGGGACCCCAAGGCCGGCCCGAAAUGCCAGCUCCCAGGCUGAUGGCAGGGUCCCUGAGGAGCAGCCAAGCCCUUUUGGAAUCUCGUACUCCAAACUGUCCCAGUCCAAGCACCUGAAGGCCAGGACGGGCAGUGGCCAGUGGGGCUCCUCUGAUUCCAAACGGAGGGCUCAGGCCCCGCGGGACCGCAAGGACCCCUAGCACCUGGUCCCUGGGCCUGGAGCUGUGCGGUCCAAGGCCUCUGCCCCAGCCCAGACUCACCAAGCAGGUAUCCGUGGGGCUUUGCCAGGGCCAGGCUGCUGGGCCGCCUGGACCCUCCAGAGACCAGCCCAGAAGGCAGGAGGGUGGACUGGAUUGACACUCACCUGAUC